GCUUAAUUCAUUUCUGCCUCAGGUCAGGGCCCCUUUCCAUGAUCCUGGGAAAGGUAGCUACCUGAAUUUAUGAUGGUGUUUGUGCCAGAUCUGCAGAUUAUGAUAGAGGCUGUGCAUGCUGCACUGCUGGCACCGGUUAUCUUGACUGUUUAUUGACACACGCUUUAGUGAACAUCAGAAGCAGGAAACAGCCGUAUGCUUGAGUUCAUAAACCCAAAGUGUGCUUGUGGGCAUAACCCUCUGUUUUGCUACUGCAGGGACCCCACAGUUGGCAUCAUCCAUUUUAUACAAUAGGGAUGGUGCAUGCAUCAAUUACCUUACCUUUAUGUGGUAGGUGGAGAAAAAGGGGAAUAUGAGGGCUUAACCUCAUCCUAACUGUCAGUGUUAAAUGUUUUCCCUGCUUGUUUUAAUUGAAUGUAAAGUCAUGCUACAGCUAAGCUGUUGUGAAGCAUGCCACUGUUCACAGGACACUGGAAUGCAUUGAUCACAGCGCUGCCCUGGGUGGAUAUGGCCCUUUGCCAUAUUGUGUAAUGACAGACUUUCAGGCUUGACUAACACUUCCAUUGGCAUCGGUCCGUGAGUGACAUCCCUGUGACCAUGUAUCCAUCCAGUAUUGCCAGCUACACCCCAUUGUGUGCUCAUGCUCCUGUGUUUGUACCAGGAAGUAUCCCUCCGCAGCCAGCACAGCCAGUGCAAAUUCCUCAACCGUGUCCUUUUACCCAGCAGCCGAUGCAAAUGGUCACUUAUUGCCCAGUAUCUGUAACACCCGCUUUCACCCAGUCAUCCCAGGGUGUCCCACGAAGCUACACUCGGAUGCCCCAGCCAGUAGCUGGUGGCGGUGUCAUUGGCAGUCCCACCCAACCAGCUGCGAGACCCUGGCAGUCACAGCUGCAGCCAGAGACACAACUGCACCUGCCAUCGCAGGACAGUGCACGGCCCCAGCUGCAGUGUGGGCCCGGUCAACAGCUGCUCCGCCAGCCCAGUCCCCAGCCGCAGCAUCAGCCAUAUCGCCAGCCCCAACUGCAACCCCAACCGCGCACUCAGCUGCACUGCCCGCCACACUGCCCGCCACAUCCCGAGCCACACUGCCAGCCACAGCGACACUGCCAGCCACAACCCCAGCCACUAUCCCAACCACAACCUCAGCUCCAAACCAAGAGUCAACAGUUGCAACAGAAUGGUACCUCCACGUACUACCCACAAUCUAACUCGCCCUCGGUCACCUAUGCAAAAAAGUCGAGCCUGUACGAGGUUGCCAAGCCCUCACAGAUAAGCUGCUCUAGAAGCAUAGGUUUCGGGGGCAGUCCCAGUAUCAAAGAACAGCAGUCACUGUAUCAGGAGCAGUACAUACAGAGUUCGUGGGCUACCGAGGACUGCACAGUACCCUUAACAGAACCAGAAAGACGGAGACUAUUGAGUCAAUUUCAGGAGGUUCUCACAACCCACGGCACCCUGGAUGCGUGCGACAGCCGGCUUCUGAGCAUCUUCAUGCAGCUCCCGGCCCCCAUCCGGCGGGGAAUCAAGAGGCUAGGGGGUCUCAGACCAUUCCUGCAGCAGGCUGAGGAGUUCUUUGUGGUAGAAGGAGACAAUAUUUCGUUGCGAGGAAAAGCAGCGGAGAUGGACUCGGAGGAUAUUGCGUGUGAACCAGCAGAAUGGGAGGACAGCAAGACAGAAGAUUUCUGCAUUACGGAAUUCAUGAAAGCCGCACCGGCCAGGUUGGACCCUCUGAAGGGUGACGGUUCCCAGAACAGGGAAGACGAAGAAUCUGCCAAGCUGUGGGAGCUGUGUUCCCUCUUGACAUCGAGCUAUGGGAAUGGAGGCGGUUACUAUGACGACUUCAGGACUCUCUAUCCAGGUGAGACACCUACUUUUAAAGACAAAAAGGAAGAGAAAAGCCCCUUCACUGAUGUUGGAGACAGAUUAGCUGCCAAGGCAAAGGAGGUCACAGAAAAACCACUCCUUGAUAACUCGGUCUCUGUACACGUUGUAAGCAACAUGGGAGCAAGAGCAGGGGAGCAGGAGUUGUCACUCAGCCAACAGAGGUCGAGCGGUCAGGGGAGGUCGAUACCUUUGUCACCACAGCUGGCAUCACCGUAUGUUACCAUGGGAGAGAAACUGGCCACCAAAGCUAAAGAAAUCUGCUGUGAAGAUGCUAAGAAUCAUUUAAGGGAGCAAGGGAGUAAAGCUACUUCAGAGGUCACCACAAACUCUACGUUGACAUCCUCUUCCAUCUCAGAGGUUAAAGAUAAUUCACCUUCGACUCCAGCAGGACAGACCAGUACAGCUGUGCAGGACAGUAAACUGCCGCAAGAUGGGGCAAGCAAUGCCGAAGAGCAGCAGGAAGAAAAAGGCAUAGAACCGCCGAAACAAGGGGAAGAAAAGCCAGCUGCCAUGAAGGGCCCACAAGAGGGAAGCUUGAGUACCAGACCCAAAAUGGCUUCUAUAUUGAGUGGUUUGGCAACAGGUAAUGGAGAGAGUGGAUGGAUCCAGUACUUGCAGAGUCUGGCAGCGGCAAGGCACGAAACUCUCUCAGACCCACCCAUGGCUAGCGACUCUGAAGGCUCGACAACCAAUGACAGUAUUGAGGAAACACCCAGCGGGGUGCCAAAUCACCAACGUGAGUUGUCGAAGUUGCCUGACCAAAACUCUGGGUCUGACCAGGACCGUUCUGAGAGCUGUGGCUUGAACUCCAGUGCAAACAUGCUAGAAGCUGUGGAAAAGGAACCCUGUACUUCUACUGCUGAUCAGAUAGUAAACACAAAACAGAUUUCUGGUGGUUGUCAAGAGAAUGACCUCUGCGCUACACAGGAAGUCGAUCAUCCUAUUCGAGAUGGAGACCUCACAGGUCCUGAACAGUUUUUGGUGUGUCCAGAGGUAUCCACAACCAUCAAAGAUGUCAUUGAAUCUAUCCCAUCAACUGAUGUCCAAAGAGACGAACAUAGCCUGCAAAAGUCUCAGGGGCAUCAGAUUUUGCCAGAAGAACCUAACGCUUCUACGGACAGUUUGUCUCGGGAGGUAGCACCUGACGCAGACAGAUUGGAAGCUGCUUUUGCUGUUCAGUUGGACCACAAACACAAACAGACUACGCGUGAAACUCCGGACACACAUUCUUCCAGGUUCUUAGAGACCCCAGGCAAUUCACACAAAGCUUCAGAUGAUCCCACGGAUCAACACAAGUUCCAAACAGGUGUAGAAGAUGUAGCUUUAGAGGGUGAUGUAAAAAUUACAAAUUCUCCAUCCACUUGGGAAGGGUCCAAGGAAGAGUGUACCCUUGACAGUAGUCACACCAUGGGAGAAGCCAAUCCAUGUAGCUUGCCAAUCAGCUCAGGACAGCCUAAAACAGAGGAAUGCAAAUCUGAAACUACCGGCCAAGUACUCAGUAGUGUCCACCGAGAUCUCAGUGUGCCACUUGAACUGGCUGAGGAUAGCGAGAAGGAAGUUAGUGAAUUUUCCUCAUCGGAAACGAGCCCUCAACUGCACUCACCCAUCAAAGCUGUACCGAAACCAGAAAGUGACCUGUGGGACUCCCAGUCAUCCAGUGGAGAAAAUGAACAUUCCUGUUUGCAUGCACUGGAGCCUGAUACAAGCUCGAAAACUCCCGACAGUCAUACAAGAGAAUUUGUGAGUGUCUCUGGUGACUAUUGUGGUGAUCCUAAGCCUGUCUGUUUGGUUUCAGCAGAGCCUGAAUUGGAAGAGAAAACUCAGCCAGGGGAGACAGUUCUUUACCCCUCCACAGAGAUACGUGAUAGUGAGGAGAAUGACGGUUCCACAAAUGAGGAUAAGGUUGUUGAUGUACGGGAGCAUGUCGAGGCUGGUGGUCAGCUGGGGGGUUCAGAAUUAGUUGAUAAGCAACACAGAGGCCCCCCACAAGGGAGACAGAGAAGGGAUGAGUCCAAGAGAGGAAUAACUGCAGGAUCAGGAUUGGCUGCAGAUUCAGACAAGGUAAACACGUAUGCAAACCUGGAGCAGAAUCCUGAAAGUUGUUCAAAACACGAUCCUGACUGCUGUCAGAUUCCUCUGAAUCGCGCAGUUUCAAAACCCUCAGCAGAAACUGGUGGUGAUAUUGUGUCACGUCAAGUGUCCACUGUUUCUAAACCUCCAAGCAAGACUGGUCAAUGUAUGGUUCUAAUUCAGGAUGCUGGAUCAUGUCCAGUAGAGCAAGCCUUGCCACUUCCAGACCUGAGAGACCAACAAGAAGUUUGCAGGUAUUCACGUGGAGGUCAUCCAGCGCUGUCUGAAAAUAAUUGUGCUAACGGUGCCGCCGAUACUAAGGAAGUUAGACAGAAAGAAGUCCCUCUAGCCCGAGAUGGCCCUGUCAACAGGACUCUUCCCAAAUUGAAGGACAAAGGAGUGAACACAGAUGAGAUCAGGAUGUGCACACGAGCCAUCAGCACCAAGAAGAUCAUCACAAAGAACGUUGGCAUCACAACGGUCACCUUGUCCACGCAGAACCGGGCCGUGGACACACCCUCGGAGCUGGAGGAGGCCCACAUGAAAAAGUACAUUGAAGCGUUAGAGCGAGUCAGCAUCCUUGAAAUUACCUUGGACUGUGAGAGGGACUUGAUAGCAUCUCAAAAGAGCAGGCACAGUGCGGAGACGAAGGAGUUGAGAGAAACCCUCCAGGAGACCGAAUCUCGACUUUGUGAUGCCCAGUGUGAGCUGGACAGCAGACGCAAGCAGCAGACGUCAGAGUUCAGGAAGCUCUUGCUGGACCACCGAGAGUUGCAGAGCGUGUUCAGCACCACCAGGAGCAAAUUGGUCGCCGCCGAGAAGCAAAGCGCAUGCCUGUCUAAUGAGUUGCAGUCUGUGACCAGACAACUCCUGGACCUGGAGGCAGCAUUGACUACGAAAGCCAAAGCCGUCCCAAGGGCCAAUGUGGGGACGAACACCGAAGAACUUGUCAAGGCUGGGGAGUACUCUGGCACCGUUCCGGCUGAGCGCGCGGUGGCACUGGCAAAGCGUGCCAAGUCCGCCGAACUUGAGGUGCUGGAAUUAAAGCGUCAAUCGAUCGAGCAGAAGAUUAAGAGUACACUAGAAGAUGCCGAGUAUACCUACAACAUCUGUACAGAGAGCUCCCAACUCAACUUCUGUGAGAAAGCUCACCUAGUCAUCAGAUGGGCAGAGUAUCAGAACUCGAUGCAGGCUCAUACCUCCAAACUGGAGUCCAAGUAUAACAGCCUGGUCAGGAUGAUCAGAGAUGAAGACAAGACACUAGGCCAGCUACCUGAACUGGUUGCGCCUCAGUUGGAUACCUUCAAAGUCUCGGUGCCCAAACUUUCCAUUAAGAACUCCUUCUCGGUGAAGGCCAAGCCUACGAGCCAACCCCACCAGGUUUUCCAGUUCUUAGCUCAGCCCACAAAGAACACUGACCAGGCUCCCAAACCUUGCCUUCCGGCAUCCUCCUUGAAAGGAACUGUCAACAAUACCCCUCUGGACGGUCAGACGCUGUCUGGCAGUGACACGACUAGACAGCCAGUCAGGGUUCCCAAGGCUGUUGGGAGAGGACGUGGGCGGAGGUUGGCCAGCUCACAGUGUGAUAUCAGAAGACCUGGCGAAGUGCCAACUGCGGAUGCUGAAAUCAUCGACCAACCUGACACAGCAGCGUCAGCAACAGCACCUGCAGUGCCAGACGAGCCGUCAGACAUGCAGCAAGAUGCAAGUGGGCUGCAGGAGUUGGCAGAAACUCAACCUCACUCAGCCCCAGUGCCAGAGUUGCCAAAAGCUACCCCCGCUGUUUAUGAAGAAGUCUUGCCGCCAAGAUUCACAUUUGGAUAUCCCUUAGCUGUUGGAGGGGAUGUACCUCCUGGACUUGCAGAAAACCAGCAAGCACCAUGUGCAGCCCAGCCUGUGAAGCAGCAGCCUGCAGCCAAAACUCGAGCGGAGCGUCUCAUGAACAUGCGGAAGCGAAUCCAGAGUGACUCGAACCUCUCCCGACUGAGGUCGGUAUGCUCCAAAGGACCUCACCUUCCUGCCGGUAUGGAUGGUGCGCUCACCCUGGGACACUCGGCCAGGAAGAUGAACCUGUUUGCGGCUUCCAUCUUCAGUACUGGGGGCCACGCCUCCCAGCCGGAUGGACUGCCGACAGAAAGACCAGCUGGUGCUGUGGAGACUAGUUGUCCGCCCGCUCCCUCCUGUGGGACAUUUGAUAAGUCUGGUGCCGGUGAGCCAUGUCACGAUGCUGCAGUCAUCUCUGGCAGCCAUCAUCCUGCAGGUGAUCAACAACAGGAAUUGGCAAGCUUGCCAUCAAGCGGCGAGAUACUGGCUGGGGCCGUCACGUCUCGGGCAACAGUGAGCCAAGGUAGUCUGGUCUUCCAGUUGGCUGAUAACGUCAGAAAUCCAGGCACUCUUGGGAAUCCCAACCAGGUCCUAUCGAGUGGCUCACAGAGCAGCCUCACACCGGCGCAGAGGAUCUGCAUGGAGUGGAAAGCCAAGCACAUCCACAACCUGCCAGGAGAAAGGGCUGAAAGCUUGAAGGAUCUCCAGGAUGAUAGCAAGGUGCACGGUCACCUAGUACCUUCCAAAGACACCCAACUAACGCCGCCUGCUGGGUCAAUCUUACCCACUGCUGAGCCAUCAUUGCCUACUCAUGGGCCAUUGUUGCCCAUGUCCGAGCUGCAGUUGUCCACUCACGAACCAUCGCUGACCACUCCUGAGCCAUCGCCCACUCACCAACCAUCGCUGCCCACUCCUGAGCCAUCGCCCACUCCUGAGCCGUCGCUGCCCACUCCUGAGCCAUCAUUGUCCCCUCUUAAGCUGUGGUUCCCCACUGCUGAGCCAUCAUUGCCAACCCCAGGGCAGUCACUGCCAACUCCAGACCCUCUUUUGCCCACUCCUCAGCCACUCUUACCCACUCCAGAGCCAUUAUUGCCCACUUCCGGACCCAUCACACCUACUCCAAAGCCUCUGUUCUUCACUCUUCCCUCAUUCCACCCUCCUCUGGCCAACCCCAGUAGUCUGGCGUCCACCAAUGCCUUUCACAAGGGAAUACAACAGAGCGAACCACUUCAUCACCCCAGCACCCAGGGGACCAAAUCGGACACCAACACCAGGGAUUUCGGCUUUGGUGAGGGGAGGUCAGGUGUCGCCCAACGUAGGCAAUCCUCCCUGCCGCCAAGAUUCCAGGCAGCACGGCGUAUUCAACAGCGAAGCUGUCCAUCGCAAUCUGAGGCUAGCCUCGCACCCGCCCCUGGCCCAGCCCAAGAGGUGUCCAAGCCAAGGGAGGUCAGUGGAGUCAAGAAGAGGAAGACUGCAAACCUAGACUCGUUGGAUGAUACAACAGAUGUGCAGAAAGCUCAGAUGGCCACCAUCACAGAAACAGAACUAGAAGAGGAAUCGGAUGAAGAUGAGUGGCAGACACAGAUGAGCAAGCGGAAGAAGAAAGCGUUGGCACACUUUGAGGCAGAAUGGAAGCAACAGCAGGCCAAGGCGGGCAAGAAGGGGUGCAUGGACAAGCUCAUCGGGGUGUUGUCUGAGCAGUUCACCGGCGUUAAACCCAAGGAGGUGAUGGAGGUGAUCCGGCAGGUGCGUCAGGACCACCAUGGCAGCCUGAGCGGCACCCCCUUCAGCACCAUCAUCGCCGAGUCCAGGCUCUACCUGCAGGCCAAGUUGGAACCGCCCAGACCGCAGCUGGUAAACCCGCCCCAACCCCACCAGCCCAAGGAGAGUGAACUCCCCACGUUACAGGCGAUCCAGCAGACUUUUCCACAUCCGGAGGACUCAGACAUAUGUGUCAUCUGUCAGGAGGACAUGAAUUCCAAGAGUGGUGAUGUCAGAAUGCUGGACUGUGGCCACCUGUUUCAUGAUGAGACCGUUACACCUGGAGCGUCUGUGCCAAUGUGCAUCAGCAUUUGGUACAACAGCAGAGAGAGAACGUGUCCCAUCUGUCGCUGCCACACCCUCUUUGCCGAGGACUUCCCCCGCCUCCAGUGACCCUAGGACUUCCCCCCUCCUCUAGUGAACCGUAGACAGUGCCAGACGAGGAUCGCAUGUGGUGAGUACCGUUCUGCAUCCGUGCUGAUGCAGGCGCACAGUGAAACCAAAAACUCAAAGAAGCCUGCUCCGUUCUUACUGUCACUUUGUGUAAAUACAUGUAUAUUGUAGGCUUUUUCAUAGUUUUUUUUUGUUGUAUUUUUUUGUCGGUGGUGAAAUUUACUUCAAAGGGGUCAGUCCACAAAAAAAUGCAAAGUAGAUGCUGAACCAUGUGGCAAACAUCAAACUGCCCCAAAAUUUAAGAUACUUGACAAAGGAUUUGUAGAAGAGACCCUGUUGCAUUGAGCUUUGUCCGGCUUAGUGAUUUGGAAGUUUUGGCGUCGGGUAGUGUGUAUCAAGUUUUCAUUUGAACUGUUAUUCAUAGGUUUGAUUUCUUUACCUGUGCUUGUGGAGUUACGUAACAGUACAUAAGAUUUGGACGUGUAGUUUAUUUAUGGGUAUCCAGAAACACGGACAAAAUAUUUGGGAAGAAAACUAUUUGUUUUUCUUUCCUAAUUUGCAAAAAUGCACUGAAAUUGAAAUACUUUCUAUAGAAAUCAUUCUCUCCUUCACAUUCAGGAGUGGAUUCCAGAAUGUAGCUUCAGCAAUGUGUCUGUGCUUACUUUUUAUUUUUCGAGGUAUUCAGUGUUUAAGGCCAAGAUUCUUGUUAUUGAGUGUGUUGUACUUUACUGUAGCAUGGUGUCAUAAAAAGGUACUAACAGCUGUCCGAAGAUUUGGUUGAUAGAUUUCUUCAAGCUUUGGUUGAGACUGUUACUCGGACAUGAUACGAAUGCAAUGUGCUAUUUUUUCUCUAAAGAAGAGCAUUUAAUCAAAAUCAACUGCCCCACCUCCAAAAUAAUCAAAACAAAUUGAAACGGUUACCGUAGGCCCAAGUUUGUAGCCCACUAAAACUCAAGCAAGUUUAUAGAGAGUCAUAGUUACUUAGAUUUGGAUGUUGAUAUUUCUGUUUAGUUAUGGGUCACACUUGAUUGUCAUCUCUGGGUAAAAAAGGCACUAUUUUCAGCGCAUCAGACCAAAUAGCUUUUUUGGGGGGGUAGGAAGGCAAGUGUGCCUGCAUGUCAACGUUUAUCAAGGAAGGACCAAGUUUCACCAUGAAUAGGCCAGUUAUUUAUGAUAUCACACUUUGUUCACAUGUGCAUUUUCCUAUGAGAGCAUGUGCAUUUUUUCUAUGAGAGCCAAGUGGGGACGACAGAUUUGAAGUGUACAUGUAAAGAAAGUGUCUCAUCAACACUUUAGCCUGUUUUUUUAUGUAAUUCUUUGUGUGUUUUAGGCAGAAGAGUUCUUAUAUAAGAGACUACGGGGUUUAACUGCAUGUACAAUAAACUUGGAAAUGCUCCUUUCCUUUUUUGAACGUAAAUUUCAAUUCUCAAAAAGUGAAC